AUGAACAAUCUGCAAGAACAGCUAGCCGCAAAGGAGAAAGAACACGCAGAUCAACUCAAUCAACUCAAAGCUGCUCAAGAAGACCUCAAAAAUCACCUCCAACAGGAAGAAGAGGCCGUGAACAAUCUCUCCACUGCAAACCACAACCUUGUUUCUAAACUCAAGAUGUAUGAGGCCUUUGUGGCAGGCUUGCCAGAGGGUUCCCAUCCAGCUGCAUCCAGGCUCAACAUGUCUCACGCUGAAUUACUUGUCAAAUCCACCCCUGAAGAGUUGUCCUUCAAAAUAAAAUUAGAAAAAUAG